UUAAGUUACCGCCAUAAGUUGCCUUACCACAGGACAGAAGAAGACAAUGAUUAAAUUUUUUCUCAUGGUGAAUAAGCAAGGGCAAACUCGGCUCUCUAAAUACUAUGAACAUGUGGAGAUUCACAAGCGGACACUGCUGGAAACAGAAGUUAUAAAGAGUUGCCUCUCUCGGUCCAGCGAGCAGUGCUCUUUCAUCGAAUAUAAAGACUUUAAGCUGAUUUAUCGACAGUAUGCAGCUCUCUUCAUUGUGGUUGGAGUUAAUGACACUGAGAAUGAGAUGGCAAUUUAUGAAUUCAUCCAUAACUUUGUGGAAAUUUUAGAUGAGUAUUUCAGCCGAGUGAGUGAAUUAGAUAUAAUGUUUAAUUUAGACAAAGUACAUAUCAUUUUGGAUGAGAUGGUAUUAAAUGGCUGCAUUGUGGAAACUAAUCGGGCAAGAAUUCUUGGUCCUCUACUGAUUCUUGACAAGAUGUCAGAAAGUUGAAAAGAAAAUGGAAGGCUCUGCCAGACAACCGUGACUUCCAGGAAGAGGGAACAACACCGAACAUCUCUCCACCUCUUAGCCCAGAAGAAUACAGAAGACCACACACUGCAAAA